UGAUAACCGAGGAUGCAGUUAAGGCUGUUGAAGUUUAACGGCGUUACGCGGCAUCUCGGUAACUGCGGGCGCCAGCACCAGUGAGUGACGCGCCGCGGAGCGAUGCGCAUGGUGCCACCACCAGCCACACUAUGUCCCACACCCACACCUCUCUCAACAUAACAAACGGUGCCAAAUUUGUGUUAACCUAAUCUUAUAACAGCAGUUUGAAAGUGAAAGUGCCGCCUGAUCUCCGUAUUGUCUAUAAUCAUCUUUUCAUCAUCUUCGACUUGUUCACGGAAUCUCUACCUAAAAGAAAAUGGAUUACGAUAAUUACGAUGGGAAGCCGACCACGGCGGAGCCGGGCGUGUCGAUGACAGCGCUGGAGGAGAUCCCCUCGCUGACGGUAGCCUCCAUCAUCGGCGUGGCGCUCGUGGUGCUCGUCGCCAUCGCCAUCGUCUUCGUGCUCGGAGUCCUCAUCGACUGCCGACAACAACGACUACUAGAUGAAAAAAUGGGCGAGAUGAAACGUGCCAGGAGCUUGCGGGGCAGGCGUGCGCCAGCGCAAGACGCCGACGACGCCAGCAUCGUCAACAACGAGGAGGCCCCGCCCACCAGCCUCCCUCCCGCUGCCAUGCUUAGAGAUGUGCCAUGAUCACACCGACUUUACAUAUUGGG